AUGGCAAUAUCUAAAGUCUUGUUGGUUUUAAACUUACUUUUCUGUAAGAUCCCCCAAAGUCUUCUUUCUCAUCGGUGCUUAGCUAAAGGGCCAGGUAUCAUAAAGUGCUCUGGGCGUGUAUGGGUAGAACCAGCCCCAAUCAUUCAAAUGGGCCAAAAUAUUUCUAUAAAUUGUCAUUGCAUGGAAAAGUGUCAGAAAGGGAAACUAUCUCUGAACUUAAAUAAUGCUGAUGUUGAGGAUACGCUCCUAUCAGUUAUAAACCAAACUACAGUUCAGCUCAAUCUUCAGAAUUAUAACGAGCCUUUUUCCACAGUUUCAUGCCUUCUGAAAAGCUCUAGAAGCCGACUGAUCUGCGGAACACAAUUUUGUAUGGGAUAUCUGCCUGACAAACCAGCCAAUUUAACCUGCAUUAAACCUGAGCAAUUAGAUAAUAUGGUCUGCACUUGGAAAUCAGGAAAGAAAACACAUUUAAACACUAACUACAUUCUAUAUGUGAAAAGUUUAUUCACAGAAGAGAACAAAGGAUUUGUCUCAAACAGUAGCUCGGUUAUCAUUCCAUUGAAUCAACUACAGAAAAACCAAACGUUUUCCAUCUCGGUCCAUGCUGAAAAUUACUUGGGUGGAAUUCAUUCAGAGGAACUUCACGUUGAUCUCAACACUAUAGUAAUACCAGCUGUACCUGUUGUUGUUCAAAAUAAAACAAUGGAGUCUCCAGCAUUCAAGACAAUAAUACACUGGAAAAGGCAAACAGCAAUCAAUGAGACAUAUUGUGAGGAGCGAUAUAAGGAGACAAUAAGUGAAACUUGGCAUGUGAGAGUCUGGGAUGCUAAUUUAAGAAAUGAAGUUAACACCGAGUACAACUUAGAUGCAAAUACAAAGUAUGAGUUUCAAAUCAGAUGCAAACUAACUCACCCCAGUAGCUUGUGGAGCAGAUGGACUGAAUCUACAAUAUAUAUUACUCCAGAGAAAGAACCAGCUGCGGUACUUGAUGUAUGGAGGAAAUUCGGGCCAGUUUAUCCCAAUGGUACCCAAGAGAUGACAGUCUUGAUCAAGCCGCUGUCUCCAAAGGAAAGCAGAGGAAAAAUUCUGAACUAUAGAAUAUUUUAUGAAAAACAAGGAGAGAAGGUGGAUUUAUGUAAAACAACAGAACUACAUUGCAAAGUGAUGUUGCCUCCAGCAGUGACCAUUAUUUAUGUGACAGCACACAAUUCCAAAGGAAGUUCCAAACCUGCAAAUAUUAUAGUGAAACAACCGCCUCACAAUUACCAAGCUUUCCCACCCCCUACUCAUAUUCAAAUAUUCACUGAAAAACAGAAAGGAAUUUCUGUUAAAUGGGAACCUCCUAAGUCUAUUGGAAAAACACUUUUAUGGUACAUAGUGGAAUGGGUGUCUGCAAACUUCAAUCAUUUGCAUCAUAAUCUUGUUGCAUGGAAGAAAGUCCCUUUCCAAAAUACAUCAACUUCUAUUGAAGAAGGCAUCAGAAUGGGAGACAGCGCUGCCAUUUCAGUAUACGCUGUGUAUCAGAAAGGCAUCAGCCGAGCCAGCUCUAUCCAGACAUUGAUGAAUGAAAAGAAAGAACUUGACAUUUCCCAAGAAAGAAGUCUUGUAGUCACCAGGGGGAAUGAUGAUUACGAUACUGGGCUUCUAUUGGGAAUUGGUGUCGGAGUGGCUUUCUUAUCAAUUUCUGUUUUCACUUUGAUUGCAAUAAAAUCGUGCAGGAGAAGGGUUAACAAAAUGGUUAGUUCAGUAGCACCAAAAUGGCUUUUCGAAGAAUAUCCUAAGAUGCAAAACAGCAAAGUAAUCAAAUAUCUCCAGGAAAAUGAUGAUGAGACAGACAAUUUUUCCGAGCCAUUUUUGGAUGUUGUGAUAACUGAAGUUGAAGAAAUAUUGAUGCAGAACCACUAUAGGGCUGUGGAGAAAAAAAAUGGAGGAAGCAAAACAGUUUCUGAGAAAGUCAGUAGCUCAGAGGAUGUACCAUUUGCCGGCAAUUUGGAUGUGACUGAGAUAAGUGGGUAUAAACCCCAGACUUCUAAUAAGGCUCAAUUGGGAACUACUUUCAGCAGCACCAGUGAAACCCCUGUUCAAAACUGGGACACCAAAUCCAAUUCAAUAGUUUUUCCCAUAAGUAAUUUAAAGAAAGAUUAUACCAGUCCUGUGGCCUCCGCAUGGCCUAUUGUUGACCCCAAUGAAAAUAAGUCUUUAUUUGAUAAAAUCAGCCUUAUUCUCAAAAAUAGUGGAAGUGGGCAGAGCAGGGCAAGCUCAAAAGAUGAAAAUCCAAGCACCCAAAAGGCCCACCAGUUGAAGUUUCUGCUUUCAGAUGAAGAUAUUCAAGAACAGACUUUAAUACCAGAUAGUCUAUUUUCUUGCUUAAAAACAAUAAGUGAAGACCGGACCAACAUGUCUUAUUUCCCUCAAAACGCUGUUUGCUAUGAGGAUUGA